GAGUGGAAGAAGACGCCAGCGCUGCCCCACAGACAUCACAUCUACAGUCGUGAGUUUACACCACAUCGGAAUAGGACCACACUACGCACUUUCUCCACCCUUCUUUUAUUUCUUGGGGUCAAAAAAGGAAAUCCGAUAUCCGUGCUUACCGUGAUGGGCGUCCUGAAUAAAAACUCCACGAAGAGCCCCAGAUCUCCAGUUUCAAGAAUUCGUCCGUUCCCACCAUCCCGCCGGAUCUUCAUCUACUAUCUCGCCCUACUCCCCCUCCCUCUCCUUAUUCUCCUCUUUCUCACAAAGGAGGAUACUCAUCCCCCUCCCCCUCCCCCUCUCCCCUCUUCUCCCCCGCUCACCUUCUACCUUCGAACUCCCGACCUCGAAGCCAUGAGGAUCCACGCGCUCUCACUGCUCGGUAUAGGCUGCGCUCUCAUCAACGUAGCCCACUCAGCAGCGGUCGCUUUGGUACCCAGACAAACAUCUUCCCCGGAAAUAAUCCCAGAGAUCACUGAAUUCGUGGAUUCGCUUUCUCUGGCACCCGGGGAUGCCAACGAGGUAGCCACAAAGCUGAACGAGAGCGCUGUAGCUUUAAACUUGACCAGUCCCCCACCAGAAGCGAAGCUGCGCAAGCGGAGCUCCGUACUCGCAACCAAUCUCGCCUGCUGGAUAAUUCAGUUAAAGUUUGGCACAAACUCUUGCGAAGAGGGAAGUACGCCAUAUACUACCUUAAGUACUAUGAAUUGGUUUGUUUCUGCCUUCUCUUGGUGUGUUGGGGGAGCGUUUUCCUUGAGUGACAGGCGUGCUGAUCUUGGAUUUGUGCGCUGUGUGCAGGUCGAAGACAUGCUGGCUUAAACCGAGAUGUAUCGUUUCGCCAAAUUCAGCUCUACAAGUCUCCAUCGCCAUGAAAAUUAUCGACUUCCUCAAUGUGAAGUACUCAGUGCGCAGCGGUGGGCACACCCCGAAUCCCGGGUACGCCAAUUCGGAUGGGGGCGUGCUCAUGGAAUUGUCGAAGCUUCGGGCCAUGUCUUUAAGCUCCGAUGGGACCGUAGCAAGUAUCGGUCCUGGCCUCACAUGGGUUGAAGUUUACGAUUACCUCGCGCAGAGGGGCACCACCGUCCUCGGUGGGAGAAUCCCACAAGUAGGUGUUGGCGGUUUGAUCCUAGGUGGAGGACUUUCCUUCUUCGCGAAUCGGUACGGAUUGGCCUGCGACAAUGUUAAAAGUUUCGAGGUACGUGAGAAAUUUAAUGCAGGGGUGACGAUCGGAAAAGAAAAAAAAAUCGAAAUAAUUUUUCUUCCCGUUUAUGUUCCGCCACAAAUUGGGCUGAACUGAGACUGAUCGGUCCACUUUGCUGGUUUUAGGUUGUCAACCCCAAUUCUACCAUUCUAAACGCGAACGCCGCACAGAACUCGGAUCUAUUCUGGGCGCUAAAGGGCGGUUCCGGCAACUUUGGGAUCGUGACCCGCUUCGACAUGUACACUCGUAAUGAUCUCGCACAAAUCUGGUACGAGGUUCGAGUAUAUGCAGCAGACAAGACCCCAGAACUCCUUGAUGCGAUAGAGAACUUCCAGUUGAACGGUGAAGCAGACACGAAGGCCGGCUUCGUCUUCAGCGCAACGACCGACGUGACAUUGGUUGGCUACGUUUACGGCGGCGCCGUCUCCUCCCCGUCGGCCUUCUCAGCUUUCUACGACAUCCCCUACCUGGCGCACUUCGCUCCUCCUACCAUCGGAACUCACCACCAGCUCGUCGCCUCCCUCUCAGGCGCCUUCUCACCCGUCCCCGCCCGCCAUGACUACCGUGCCGCGAGUACCGGUGUCAAUGCUACAAUGUACAAACUGGUCUAUGAUUUCUGGAAGGCCAAGGCGCUCGCCAUCAAGGCUGCCACUGGAGGUGACGCGGACAUGUCCUUCUCAAUCCAGUCCUUCUCCAAGAGCGCUGUAGAUUACGGGUAUAGCACUGGUGGAAACACCCUCGGCCUCGUCAGUCAGACGCAGCAAUGGUUCACCAUGCUCGUGGACUGGACCAACGCUGCUGACGACGUCGCUGUUCGCGCGGCUGCCAAGUCCGUCACGGACAAGUGGAGUGAGGUCUCUAAUGCUAUGGGAUUCGGAAAUCCGUACCUUUACGCCAACGACGCUUCCAGGGACCAGAACCCUCUCACCAGUUAUCCCCCUGGGAAUAUCGCACAGAUGAGGACUGUCAGCCAUAAGUACGAUCCCAAGCAGAUUGCCCAGAUCUUGCAGAACGAUGGUUAUCUACUGUCCAAGGUCCCCUAAGCUCUCAGGCCGUCUAUCUGUGUCUCUGUAUAUUUGUGCAUGCGUUUCCUCUCCUUCAUGUUCACCCGUCACAAAGUAUAUAAGCCGUUUUUUUGGGGGGGGGUCUUGGUGUUUCCGGUAGUUUUUGCUUUUUUUAUAUUUCUAUGUUUAUUUAUCUGUUUAUUACUUAUCCGUUUCCAUUUCUCCUUGGUCAUUAACGUGCUCCUUAGCUUUUUUCCUUCCUUUUUUUGUGUGAAAAAGGUUACUGGACUGCUCUGUUGGCCCGCUCCCACCCAUUUGUAAUAUUCAUCCUCCCGUUUUGUGUUCUUGUUUUUUUGUUUUUUUUCGCCCUCAGGUUCGCUACAUAUUGUGUGUAAUGGUGCGGGGAAGUGCCGCAAUUUAGAGUGGAGGAGGGGAGGCAGUGGGUUGGGUUUGGGGAAGGAUAUAUCGAAUUUGGAUGUAUUUAGCUGCUGCCUCACUGUAACUUUUUAGCUGGAUGGUUUCUGGUUUAUAGUGGUCGGCUCCGCAAUAAAGCGAGAAGCCAUCUGGCUAUCCAUCACAGCCU